UUCGUUUUCAUCCUGCGCCGCGAUGGACUAUACUUCAAGCCUUCCGGGUACUCUGCCCAGAGCGGAGGCGCUGACUGCGGUCCUGGCAUCUAUAUUCUUCGGCACCUUCACCGUGCUCGCAGUGUUUGCUGUCUACUUCGCGAGUCGUCAAAGCUUAAGGCGCAUAUCUACCAUCGCGGCACUUGCGAUCACCGUAGCGCUGUACGCAUUGUCAGCGACUUACACGAUCGCGGUCUUGGCGAGACUGGGCCGCCAGAGUCGCAUCUUGGACAACGAUUUCUUCGACUCGCCAACCUUGGACUGUAUUGGUACUGCCACCCUUACUCUCACCACCGUACUCACGAACGCGGUCGUCUGGUCGCGCGUAUGGAUUUUGUGGGGACACAACAAGGUCCUAUAUGGGGCGUCCCUUACAUCGCUCCUCGUUACGCUGAUCCUCGGUGCACUCAGUACCUCUGAAACGUGCCCUGCGAACGCGACACGCAGUGUGAUCUAUUUCUUUGAGAACAACCGCCAGCUGCCCUUGGGAGGCUUCUAUUGGGGCUCAGCCACUGGCCUCACUGCCAGUUGGUUCUCCAUGGCUACGAACACCAUCGCGUUCAUCUUGUACCUCAUCAAGGCGCUGUAAUUUUCCCGCCCUCUUGCGUCGCAAACACGAUUGGUUGAUAGGGAGCUUCUGAUAGGAAACUGCGAUCUGAGAAGGCGCUCACCCUUGGAAGAAGCGUUGGCCGACACUUCGUGCGCAUCCUCGAAUCUGGGACGGUCUUUGCGAUCAUCUGGCUGCUCCUAGUCAUCUACGAGACCGGGUCGAUCGCUGAGGGUAAUCUCACCACCACGGACGGGUUCUCUUUCUUCGUCAACGGCGCCCUCAUUUCACUAUUGAGUUCAUGUGCAGCGGUGAUCAUCAUCCUUGCCGUCACUGGUCUAUCUGAGACCGCGUUCUGCGAUGACGUUGUGUCCAAUGAGGAGGUCCUCCCGCUCUCUGGGCACCAAACCCCACAGGUCAGUGAGAAAUAGAUCGAUCGGUGAAGGCCGCAUGCGAGGCUUCUGUUGCGUGGCUGCUUGCGAGUACGACUGUCUGUUCGGGACUAUUGUUUUUUGGACUUUGGUGGUCUCAUGCGCGAUGAUACGACUCAUGUACCUCUCGUGACGUUUUGGAUGUUCCACACAUAAUUAAUCGAUGCGAG